AUGGAGAACCUAGCUGCAACGCCUGAGAUGGCCUACUACUGCUUCGAGGUGCUGGAGCAUGAACUCGCCAUCACGAAGAACGGCGAAGGCAACAAGAAGAGGAAGGGCGCCCCCCUUGCCGCGCCUGACCCCUAUGCCUACAACAUACCUGAUGACAUCGAAUGCCCCUUGUUCGUGGGGUGGAAGAAGUCGAGCAAGGAUGGCAGCGACGAGAGGCUGCGCGGCUGCAAGGGCACCCACGGCACUCUGCCUCUCCACGAAGGCCUCCGCCAGUACGCCUUGCUCAGCGCGUUCGAUGACAGCCGUUUCAGGCCUGUGACGGAAGACGAGGUCCCUCGCCUGGCCUGCACCGUCAACCUCCUGUUCGCCUUUGAGAAGUGCGAUGACUGCUUCGACUGGGAGGUUGGUCCCCACGGCGUGCGCAUCGACUUCUACGACAGCAGGAACGUGCAGCGCAGUGCCACCUUCUUGCCCUCGGUCGCCGUUCAGUUCGGGUACACCCGCACGCAGACGAUCGAGAGGCUGGUGGAGAAGGCCGGCUGCGACGAGCCCCUCACCAAGAAGCUGGUGGCCAAGAUCAAGUGCAUCCGCUUCCAGUCAUCAGAGAUCCAUAUUCCGUAUGAGGAGUAUCUCCAGCACAAGAAGAAGGGCUGA